UGUUUUUCUUCUAAUGGCGUCAUUACUAUCUUCAUUCAAAUACUCAGACAGUCUCGCAGUAGUGGGCAUCUCAAUCUGCACGGCCUUUCUGUGCGAAGGCAUAUCCUGGCUCCUCAUCUACCGCACUUCCUCCUACAAAUCCCUCCGUUCGUCCAUCGACAAAGCCUCUAAAAAGCUCGAGACCAUGAAGACCGGCGACAGUAAGGGACUACCCGGCAAGAAAUCCAAGACCAAGAAGAUCGAUCGAGUCGAGACCAGUCUCAAGGAAUCCAGCCGUGAUCUCUCCUUCUCCAAAAUCAAGUCCGGAGCAGUUGUAGCUCUUGUGCUCUUCGUCGUCUUCGGUUUACUGAACUCUCUCUUCGAAGGGAAGGCUGUCACCAAGUUGCCCUUCUCCCCGGCAGGAGUUGUUCAGAAGAUGAGCCACAGAGGCCUCCCUGGCAAUGACCCAACUGACUGUUCAAUGGCAUUCUUGUAUUUCUUGUGUUCGAUUAGCAUUCGCACCAAUUUGCAGAAGUUUCUUGGGUUUGCGCCCCCUAGAGGGACUCCCGGUGCUGGGUUGUUUCCGAUGCCAGAUCCAAAGACCAAUUGAUUUGGUUUAGCCGACGGUGUUAAAGGAUGCUGUUGCUGACCCAUUUACUUGAACAGUGAGACAUGAUUUAUGUACACAGCCCCAUUCAGUUGGGGUAGAGCUUUGUUGAGUUGAUGUAUUGAAGGAAAGUAAGAUCUAUGUGAAAUUGCAAUUGGA